UUACUUCCCUUGAAAUCCCUGCCGCCAGUUUCCCUCCAUCGCGAGUGGACUAUUGUCUUCUAAUUUUUUUUACUCGAGUCGUAAAUAAGGUUUUUAUCGAGUAACACCUGUAUUAAUUAAUGCAAGACAAGCCCUCACAGCACUCCGAGGGAGAAAAAGCUACAAAACAAAGGAGUAAUCAAGGCAUAGGAAUCGUAAAAAGGAAUUAAGACUAUUGACUUCUCUGAAGGGAAAUAAAUUUCAUAUCGAACGGUUCUGUUGUUUACUGGUUGCCGGGCAACGUGGUCUUUGUGCAUCACCUGUCACUCCGCCUCCGCCACAGCCGUCGGAGCAAUCAGACCGUCUCCACACCUUUACUACUUUGGAUAUAUAUAUAUAGAAGCUGACGAUGAUGGCAAAAAUAACAACACACCCAUUAUUAUUAUUAUUAUUAUUAUUAUAAGUCCCUUCACUUCUCUCGAAAGCACGAACUUUUAAUAAUAAUGUUUCGAACAUUUUAGCUUCUUUUUAUUUUUGCAUGUGUAUACAAUUGAUUUUUUUUAUUACCCACACGGGGCUAACGAAGACGGAUUGCAUGUGUAUAAAAUAUUAGCUUUCUAAAAUGGCUAGAAAAUAAUUGAAUAGUAAUGCUUAAGGGGUUUCGCACAGAAGGGUGCCGAAAAUGGAGACAUUGGCACUGUUUUCAUUGGAAGUUGUUAUAGAAAAAUUGUAUGUUCCGGGAGUGAUAUGCCGGAUCCCUAGUAUCGUCUGUAAGUUGUUAGAUUUUCCCGUUCUUACAAUAAAUCUCAUCGACGCUAAGUCUGCUGACAAAAUGAGGAAGACUCUUACAGCGGACCCCCUGUGGCCGAUACCAAGCCAGUUUGAUUGUCUUAAGGACCUUGAAGACACAUUCGUUUUCAAACGUGGUAAGUCUUGUCUGUUUAAAAUGUCUCCGGAGAACCUUACACACCACUUAUGCAAUGUCCCUUUGUAUUUGCUAGUGUUAGAUAGCUUCCCAGAUACCCCUAAAGUGUUGGGUAGUGUAUCCCUUCCUUUGGAUACAGCAGUCAAACGAGUUUGUUCGGAAUUUGAAGAGGAUAGAUUUAAUGUUCCCAAAGUGUUUGCAAAUAAAGGACUGUUGCGAAUUUACAGUCUAAUGGGGAAAGAAAUUGGUUAUAUGACUAUUGGGUACCGCCUUUUGUGUUUGGGAUCAACCCUUUUGACCCACAUUACGGAGAAGGAACCCAGGGAUACAGCAGAUACUGUCUAUAGUUGCUCUACGAAUGAGAACGAUUGGGAGAAUAAAGUGGAUGCUAAGAAAUCAGUCGAAAUUCAGACAGAGAAUCGAGUCCCAAGCCAGCAAUAUUCUUCCCCAACAGUUGAUAGUGAUAAACCAGUGAGUGGCCGAGAAGCAACCAUCCAAGAUGAAGAGGUGGAGUCUAAUAUAACAGCAGAGAAGGAUGUCAGUAUAUAUUUAUGUGAACCUUCAGAAAAGGAGAAUUUAACACAGAAUAACAUAGAAAAUAAUGAAAAUUCAAAUAUAACACAAAAGAACAUAGAAAAUACUGAAGACUCAGAGAAGAUUUUAGAACGUGUUAAGGAAAGUGCAAAUGAAAACACAUUCUUUGAGCAUUAUCACCCACCACCUAUGUUUUAUCAUAAUGAUGGAAAACCAUCUUUUCAUAUUCCUGUGCCAUCACAUGAAGAACUAAAUCAGCUUUACAUGCACAAAGCUGACGGAGAGUCAGAUAUUUUCGACGAAGACAUACAAAGUGACUUUAAGGAACCCCAACCUACAAAAUCUGACAGUUCCUUGCCUUUGCCCUUUGUACAAAAUAAUACAAGUGAUGAAUACACCUUUGAAAGUAAGUUUCCUUUAUUGACUGGUAUUCUUAAAGAACUUAGUUCUGUAGAUAUUCCUUCAUUAACCAGUCAAAUUUGUUGUAGCAUCAAAGAACAGACCACUUGCAAGAAUUACUUGUCAGAAGGAACUCAAACUAGUAAGAAAGAUACUCUGGCUGAGAAGAUGAAGAAAGCAAUGUUAAAACAAGGAAGCAGUGCAACGUACAGAGACUGGAUCCGGACCACACCUCGAAUUACAAGUACGAAAUCUUUAUUGCGAUAUGGAUUAACAAGAACCUAUACUUUGAGGUUGGAAAAAAUUCGCUCCCAAAAAGAGGAGUCUGCCAAGAAGGAAGCUGGUAGAAUUGGUCAGAAAGCAAGAUUUGUUAGUGUCAUGAAGAAUGUGAGUGACACAAAAGCUGUAGUGGAAGAAAAACAAUUAAUUGAUACAGCUAGGACACCAGAGGUAGAAGUGGAAAUACCGGAUGAAAAAUCUUUUAAAACACAUGAAACUGUUACAAUAAAAGAAGAUAAAAUUUUAAUUGAAGAAGAACAAGUUGUACAUUUGGAAAAAGAUCAUGAGAGUUUGAAGGAAGAAUCCAUUAUCACUUCGUUAAGUAUAGAAGAGAAAAAAUCUGUUAAAAUCUCUCAGGCUUCUGUUUCAACUGCUGGUAGCAUCAAUAAAGAUGAUGAUGAGGAACGUAGUUCCAACGUUGCUGAUAAUGUUAGUGAAAAUCACGAAGAGCCUGAUUCUGGCAGUGCUGAAGAAAUUCCAAAUAUUCAAAAUGAAGUUGAGGCUAGCAAAGAUUCUCAAAUAGAAGACUUUAAAGCACAAAUAGAAAACUUUAAAGCACAAAUGAAAGAGGUAAUAGGCUCUGAUGCUAACUCAGUGAGCCAUGAUUCAACAUAUAAAUCUGAUAGAGAAGAAACAUCAACCAUUGAUACCAUUUCCUCAGAGGAAGAUAUAACAGACGAAGAAUUUGUUCCCCAAAAAAUAACUGAGCCUUUUUCAAAGUUAGAAAAAAUGAAAAGUUCAACAGAGGAUCAUGAUAAUGUCAGUGUGGAUAGUAAAAUAUCUCAAAUUCUGUUUCCUACCGAGAGGAGUUCUAAAAGAGUUUUACCAAUGUUGAAUAGAGAAUCAAUCAAUACAGAGUCUGUGAGUUCUUAUAAACCGAGUGAUGAGAACAUCUGGUGGCAUACAAGUGGAGACCAGGAGGUGGAGGAGUAUUCCGAUGACUUUUCUUCUUCUUCAUCUACCAAAUCAAAGGCUAGUAUUGAACAGCCAAAGAACAUACUGAGGUCAGAGAACAAACUGGGAUAUACCAUUUGGUGAUCAUAAAAU